GAGCUGGCUGUGAUCGUUCGACCCGGGCCGUACGUCUGUGCCGAAUGGGAAAAUGGAGGCUUACCGUAUUGGUUACUCAAAUAUCCCAACAUCAAGCAGCGGAGUUCAGAUUCUAAUUUUCUUCGCGAAUCCCUGGCAUGGUGGGACGUGCUGUUGCCUAUGAUAAGGCCGUAUCUAUGGCAAAACAAUGGCCCUGUGAUAAUGGUUCAGAUCGAGAACGAAUACGGUAGUUUUGGCUGUGAUCACGUUUAUCUUCAUGCACUACGGGACAAAGCUGUUGAAAUACUCGGAAAUGACACCGUGCUGUUUACGACCGAUCCACCAGAAACGAUCGAAUGUGGCGUGAUCGACGGCGUCUAUGCGACGGUGGAUUUUGGAGAACGGGGAUUGCUUCUUGCUGACGAGUACUUCAAGAUACAAGCCGACGCAAACAAGAAAAUAUGGAAUUUCGCAUUCACUAAUCAAGCCCAUCAUAUUGGCAUUGCCCUCACUGAGCUGGAUGCUCGGAUUGACUUGAUCAAUGGUGCACAUUCGCUACACCUCAUUCUAGAACAUUUGAGGAGCGUCAUACUGAAUCUUGAUACUUCAGAAGGUGGCCCACGUGUGGACUCCGAGCUCUACCCCGGCUGGUAUCGUACGUGGGGAGAGAAGGGCAUUGAGCAAAAUCCCAGCGCUUCUACAGGUACGCUCACAAGACUCUGUUCACUUCGAUUUCAUCACUCAGAAAAGUCAGCCAAAGUAGCCAAACAGUCUAGUCUAUCUGUCAGCGAAUAA